GGGGUGUUUUCCUUGAUAUGCUACUGUUUUAGUGGGCAUGUUUGCCCCCGUGGGUGUUGACGGAUUUAAAAGACAUCAGUGGAUUUUCUUGGCUGAAACAAUAGCAAACAAGAACAACAACCCGAGGCCGGUCUAAGAUAAUAAAAAAGAGAGAGUGGAGGUCAGUGUCUUCCUGCUUAUCAAGGAUGAUAGAAAGUGUCGCUGACUUUGUCUGUAGGGAUGUAAAGAUGAAACUGUGAGUUCGAGACGUAACUACAAUUCCUAGCGUGAAGAAAUUCCGAUAAUUUUUCAAAAUGGCUGAAUCUUCUGGUACAGACUCUGGCUCCCUCUCACGAGAGAGCUCAAAUCUAGAACCGAAAAAGGAAAGCCUGAUGUCGCGGAAUAAAAUGAAACGCGGCUUGAUGAGUCGUGUCAGGACGAAGUUGAAAGGAAAAGGCAUGAUCGCAGGUUUCCAAAAGCUAAAGGAAGAGCGUGAGGCGAAAAGGGCGCAUCUUGACGCGCGCCAUGAUUACAUCCUACAAACGGUCGCGGACAAGAUCGGUGUGGACAAGUCUGAGGUUGAGGAUGCGAUCCUCGAGGGGACGCAGAUUGAGACGAUGGAUCGAUUCCUCGUCGCCAACGGCAGCAGCCAGAUCUUGUUCUUUUAUCAAGAACCUGAACAGGAGCGUGAACACGUGACGGUGGACUUUAAACUCACACCGCGGACCCAGGCCGACGUUGCCCGUCGUACAUCAACAACAGUCGAUCAUCUGCGUUUGGGCCCACCCUCGAACCGUCCAGCGAAGUCUACAAAACCCAAAGUGUUUGUAACAAACGGACGAGACGUUCCACUCCAUGGGUUGUGUUUGAUAUUCACACGGAAUAACCCCAACGCCGACGUCACUGAUGCAACAAUAACUAAGGAGGUGAACUUCAUGAUCUUGGAUACUAACGCGACCAUGGCGAAUGGCAAGGGCCUACUCCAUGCCGUAGACCAUAUCUUGUCCAGCGUGUUCAUCCCUUCGCUCAAGAAGAUGGAGGCCAACUGGGGCAAGCUGAAAGAUCAGGAGGGAGCACAAGUCAGGACAGAUUUCCUUAACACACUUGAUUCAUUUGUGUCUGUCCUUGUGGGUGCCCAAGAAAGUCUUGAAGAAAAGGUCUCCUUGAAGCCGUGUGAUUCAUACGACCUCUCCAGGAUUCAGACUCCAUCAGACUGCAUCACUGUCGCAAACAGCACGGAAUCGCUUGGUCAUAUUGAAGACUGCAUUCACGUGUGGAUUAAACAGAUUGAGCAGGUGUUAGCAGAGAGCGAGCAGAUGAGGCGGGAGGCAGACGACAUUGGGCCACGUGCCGAGCUCGACCAUUGGAAGAAACGCAUGUCACGGUUCAACUAUUUGUUGGAUCAGAUCAAAGGUCAAGAGGUCAAGGCCGUCCUCGGGGUCAUGCAGGCAGCCAAGUCAAAGAUUCUAAAGACUUGGCAAGAGUUGGAUAAAAGGAUCACAGACUCUGCCAACGAGGCCCGAGACAACGUCAAGUUCCUGUACACGUUGGAGAAGUUCUGUGACCCCCUGUACAACAGCGACCCUGUCGGCAUGAUGGAGGGCAUCCCUGGACUCAUCAACGCCAUCCGAAUGAUCCACAGCAUCUCCAGGUACUAUAACACAUCUGAGAGGAUGACGUCACUCUUCGUCAAGAUCACAAACCAAAUGAUCACAGCCUGCAAGUCCUACAUCACCAAUGAACGCUCGGAGACGAUCUGGACUCAAACGAGCGUUGAGGUUAUCAAGAAGUUGAACGACUGCAUCGCGUUGAACAAAGAGUAUCAACGAUGUUUCCACAAGACAAAGAAGAAACUCGAGGAGAAGCCGGAAGAGCGCCAGUUUGAGUUCUCCGAGAUGUACAUCUUCGGCAAGUUCGACACAUUCUGUCGUCGUUUGAACAAGAUCAUUGAGAUGUUCAACACAAUGGAGACGUAUUCCCACUUGCCCGAUUCAAAGAUUGAGGGCAUGGAGAUGGUUGCCGCCAAAUUCAAUGUGAUCGUGACGUCCAUGAAGAAGAAGCCGUACGACUACCUGGACCACCGCAAGACGGAGUUCGAUUCUGACUUUGAGGAGUUCAAGAGGCAGAUACAAGAGUUACAUCUCUCCAUCUGCACAUUCAUGGACCAGCGCUUCGAGCGCGUCAGCAACACCCAGCGAGCUCUCUGGCUCCUCAGGAAGUUUGAACGGCUUGCGUUGCCUAAUCUUGGAAUUCACGAGAAAUAUGCUCGUAUUUUGUCACACUAUGGCCGCGAUAUCGAGAUGGUGUCCAAGAUCUACCAGAAGAACAAGAGUGAUCCGCCUGUUGCUAGGGAUCUGCCCCCUAUUGCAGGAAAGAUUGCGUGGGCCCGCCAGUUGUACCGUCGAAUCCAGGAGCCCAUGGAGCUGUUCCAGCAGCGCCCAAACCUCCUCCAGGGGGCCGAGGCCAAGAAGAUCAUCAAGAACUACAACAAGCUGGCAAAGGUCCUCCUCGAGUUUGAAGUGCUGUAUCAUCGUGGUUGGCUAAGACAGGUCGAGGCCGCCAAAUCUGGGCUCCAGGCAUCACUCUUGGUGCGUCAUCCAGAGACACACCUACUGUAUGUGAACUUCGACCCCCAGAUCUUGACGCUGAUCAGAGAGACAGAAUGUAUGUCGCGCCUGGGACUGGAUAUUCCGCAGUCUGCCAAAAAUCUACGCCUAAAACAGGGGCUCUUCAAGGACAACUAUAAUGCUUUGAAUUUGAUGCUGGCAGAAAAUGCCCGCGUUCGUGCCAAGAUUCCUACAGCCUUUGACCCGUUGAUGGUGCCGCAUAUCAGCAAAGUGGACGACGCCAUUGAACCUGGAGUCACAAUGAUGAUGUGGACAUCCAUGAACGUUGACAAGUACAUCGAAGGUGUUUAUGCCGCCCUGGCUGACCUUGAACUCCUAAUGGACCGCGCCAAUGACUUGGUUGAGUUCCGUAUCGAUGCGGUCCUCAUGGAGAUGAGCAUGGCUACGCUGUGCGAGCUGCCUGAGGAUGAGCCUUGGUCGGUUGACAAGUUCCUCGAGAACACCCAGAUGUUAUGUAUGCACGGUGCCCAGAACCUCCAGUCGAAGUCGAUCAAUGUUGAAGAUGCCGCCAACGAACUCAUCAACAUGCUGUGUGUCCUCGAGGAGGAAGAGGUCGACCAGGAUGACUUUGAGGAUGAAGGUCACGAUGAUGAAGAUGCUGAGAGAGGCAGCCGUAAGAGCCCGACCGGUUCCCACGGUUCUGGCAGCCCCAAGGCAGCCCAGAAGGCCAAGCCUCUUGACGGCGCAGCCAAGAAGAAGAAAGAAAUCAAGGAGAGUAUUGAGGAGGCAGCCAACGAUCUAUUGAAUCAUUUCAACCAUCGCAACCUUGAUGCCCUGCUCAAGGUCACACGCUACACCCUAGAGGGUCUGAGGAAGAGGAUCACUUCAAGCUCCAUGGUUCAUUAUAUUGACAGUAGCAAAGGAGACGUCAAGAAGGAUAGUCGUCCUUUCUUCCGAACGAAUGCUACUCUGGCCAUCCCCAACAUCACCAUGCAGCCAGCCCUUGAUGAAGUCCAGCAGUCUGUCAACAAGGCAGCUCAGAUGGUCAUCGGAGUAUCCAAGGGAGUCUCCCUCUGGAACAAAGAUCGUAGACAGACCGAGAAUCGCCCAGGAUCCGCCUCGGAUAACUUUGAGAGACGUAAUAGCGUCACCAGCAACGUCCCAUCGGAGAGCUCUCGCAGCGACUUGGUGACCCGCGGCCGGGACAAAGAGCAGACGCAGGCCUCCAUGGUCACCAAGGAUCAGAAGAACAACUACUUCAAGAACGUCUCUGAGAAUAAAGAAGUAUCCAAGUUGGCUUCACUGCUUUCAACCUCCAUCAACUCCACCAAGAAGGAGGUGACAACUGCUCUGGAUAACUUUGCUCACUACAGCAUCCUGUGGGAGAAGGACCGUGAGGCAGACCUCGUGGAGUUCAUGAAGCAGGACCCGAAACUCUCCGAGUACGAGGCGAUGAUCCGCCACUAUGAGGAGAUGGAGACUGAAAUCAUGGCGGAACCUGAGUGGUACGAUGUGGGAGCAAUCGCCCUCUAUACCGAAAAUCUGAAGUUUGGCUUGUUGACCGAGACGAAGGCCUGGCGUCUUCAUUAUGGCAAGGCUUGCAACACCAAGUACCGCUCAGAAAUGGACAACACGGUCGAAUUCGUCGAUGAACUUGGCAAGAAACUCUCUCGUCCAAUCAAGGAUCUUGAUGACAUCAGGAUCGCCAUGGCAGCACUCAAGGAGAUCCGCAACAAUGAGAUCCGCAUCGAUAUGGGCAUCAUGCCGAUUGAGGAGUCGUACGCCAUGUUGAAUAAGCACGACCUCCCCGUUCCUCGCGAGGAAGCUGAGCGCGUUGAUACGAUCAGGUACUCAUGGGAGAAACUGCAGGUGCAGGCUGGUGAGGUGCAGACCUACCUUCUCAAGAUCCAACCCAACUUCCGCACGGAACUCAUCGACAAUGUGGUGAUCUUCCAGAAGGAUUGCAUCAACUUCUAUUCUGAUUACAACAAUACUGGCCCAAUGGUUGCUGGCGUUGCCCCACGCGAGGCAUCAGAUCGUCUUAUCAUCUACCAGAACAGAUUCGACACUCUGUUCCGUGAGUACAUCACCUACACUGGUGGUGAGGAACUCUUUGGUCUGCAAGUUACUGCCUACCCGGAGCUGCUACAGAUCAAGAAGGAAUUGAACCUCCUGCAGAAGCUGUACGGCUUGUACAACGAUGUCAUUGAUACCGUCAACAGUUACUAUGACGUCUUGUGGGUCGAUGUCGACAUUGAGAAGAUCAACGUUGAGCUGCAGGACUUCCAAAACAGAUGUCGUAAACUCCCGCGCGCCCUGAAGGAGUGGUCUGCCUUUGAGGAACUGAAGAAGACCAUUGAUGACUUCAAUGACAUGGUCCCACUCCUGGAGUUGAUGGCCAACAAGGCAAUGAAGCCCCGUCAUUGGCAGCGAAUGGCUGAGACCACCGGUCACAUCUUUGAUGUCGAGAAUGAGAACUUCACAUUGAGGAAUAUUCUCGAGGCACCGAUCUUGGAAAACAAGGAAGAUAUUGAGGACAUCUGUAUCUCAGCCGUGAAAGAGAAGGAUAUUGAAGCCAAGCUCAAGGCAGUCAUCGCUGAAUGGGGAGGUCAUAACUUCCAGUUUGGUAACUUCAAGAACCGUGGCGAGCUGUUACUGCGUGGUGACACGACUGGUGAGAUCGUCUCGCUGAUGGAGGAUUCGCUCAUGGUUCUCAGUUCCUUGCUUAGCAACAGAUAUAACGCACCAUUCAAGAAGACGAUUCAGCAAUGGGUUCAGAACCUCUCUAACUCCUCCGAGAUCAUUGAGAACUGGAUGACCGUGCAGAACUUAUGGGUGUAUCUCGAGGCUGUGUUUGUCGGCGGCGACAUCGCCAAACAGCUACCCAAGGAAGCCAAACGUUUCUCAAACAUCGACAAGUCGUGGGUGAAGAUCAUGACCCGCUCCCAUGAGACGACCAACGUGGUCCAGUGCUGCGUUGGUGAUGAGACCCUCAGCCAACUGUUACCUCAUCUCCUGGAGCAGCUUGAGCUCUGUCAGAAGUCACUCACUGGCUACCUGGAGAAGAAGCGUCUGCUCUUCCCCCGAUUCUUCUUCGUCUCCGAUCCUGCUCUCCUUGAGAUCCUUGGACAGGCCAGUGACCCCCACACCAUCCAGGCUCAUCUGCUGAGCGUCUUCGACAAUACCAAGUCUGUCAAAUUCCACGAGAAACAAUACGAAGUGAUCUUGUCCAUCUUCUCAUCGGAGGGAGAGACAAUUGAUCUCGAGAAACCAGUGAAAGCAGAAGGUAAUGUUGAAGUCUGGUUGAUGGCUCUCAUGAAGAUGGCGUUCAAGUCACUGCACGGCGUCAUCCGAACUGCCGCCAUGGCAAUCCAGGACAGCAGUUUCAAUCUGCUCGAGUUCUUGAGCAUGUUCCCUGCUCAAGUCGGAGUCCUUGGAAUUCAGAUGAUCUGGACGCGAGAUGCUACAGACGCGCUCCAAAAUGCCAAAUACGAUAAGAAGGUCAUGCAGCAGACGAAUCAGGGCUUCUUAGAUUUGCUGAACAUCUUGAUUGACCAGACAACCAAGGAUUUAACGAAGGUUGAGAGGACCAAGUUUGAGACACUCGUCACAAUUCAUGUGCAUCAGAGGGAUAUCUUUGAUGAGAUGUGUCGUAUGCACAUUAAGUCGCCCACCGACUUUGAGUGGCAGAAACAGUCCAGGUUCUACUUCGUCGAGGACACAGACAAGUGCGUCAUCUCCAUAACUGAUGUCGACUUCGAGUAUCAGAAUGAGUUUAUUGGCUGUACUGAGCGUCUUUGCAUCACCCCGCUCACUGAUAGAUGUUACAUCACCUUGGCCCAGGCUCUGGGGAUGUCGAUGGGAGGUGCCCCCGCUGGGCCUGCCGGAACUGGUAAAACUGAGACCGUGAAAGACAUGGGUCGCUGUCUUGGUAAAUACGUUGUGGUCUUCAACUGUUCGGAUCAAAUGGAUUUCCGUGGCCUUGGCCGAAUCUACAAAGGUCUUGCCCAGUCCGGUUCCUGGGGUUGCUUUGAUGAGUUCAAUCGUAUUGAACUGCCCGUGUUGUCGGUGGCUGCCCAGCAGAUUGCGAUCGUUCUACAGUGCAAGAAGGAACGCAAGAAACAGUUCAUCUUCACCGACGGUGACAACGUUGCGAUGAACCCAGAGUUCGGUAUCUUCUUGACCAUGAAUCCUGGUUAUGCUGGACGUCAAGAGUUGCCAGAGAACUUGAAGAUCAACUUCCGUACUGUGGCUAUGAUGGUGCCCGACCGUCAGAUCAUCAUCCGUGUCAAGCUUGCUAGUGUUGGUUUCCAAGACAACAUCGUGCUCGCCAGGAAGUUCUACACUCUCUACAAGCUGUGUGAGGAGCAGUUGACGAAACAAGUCCAUUAUGAUUUUGGUUUGAGGAACAUCCUCUCCGUCCUGCGUACACUCGGAACCAACAAGAGAAUGAACCCAGACGACACGGAGCAGACGAUCGUCAUGAGAGUCCUGCGUGACAUGAACUUGUCCAAACUGGUUGAUCAGGACGAACCUCUCUUCUUGUCUUUGAUCAAUGACUUGUUCCCUGGGAUCACCCUAGACAAGGCAGGAUACCCAGAACUGGAGGCAGCCAUCAAUAAGAACAUUGACGAUGUCAAACUUGUCAACCAUCCACCAUGGAUUUUGAAGCUCAUCCAGUUGUUUGAGACACAGCGGGUACGUCACGGUAUGAUGACCUUGGGACCCUCAGGUGUCGGGAAGACAUGCUGCAUCCAUAUCCUGAUGAAGGCGAUGACUGACUGUGGUGAGCCCCACAGGGAGAUGAGGAUGAAUCCAAAAGCCAUCACGGCCCCUCAGAUGUUCGGUCGGCUAGAUGUCGCCACCAACGACUGGACCGAUGGUAUCUUCUCCACACUUUGGAGGAGGACUCUCCGUGCCAAGAAGGGCGAACACGUAUGGCUUGUCCUCGACGGGCCGGUCGACGCCAUCUGGAUUGAGAACUUGAACUCGGUCCUUGACGACAACAAGACCUUGACCUUGGCUAACGGUGAUCGUAUCCCCAUGGCACCAAACUGCAAGAUCAUCUUCGAGCCUCACAACAUCGAUAACGCCUCCCCAGCUACCGUAUCCAGGAACGGCAUGGUCUACAUGUCACCCUCGGGUUUGGAGUGGCAGCCAUUGUUGAAAGGUUGGCUGAACCAUCGCUCGGCGCAGGAAACAGACAUCAUCAUGAGUCUGUUUGAGUCCAUCUACACUGACCUGAUGAACUACGCUACGCAAAAUCUCCUCUUCAAGAUGCAGGUCAUGGAUGCCUUUGUCAUUGCUCAGGCGACCCGUCUGCUGCAAGGCCUGAUCCCCUCCAAGGAAGAGAAGGAGGGUGGCGUCACCAAGGACCACUUGGAGAAGCUGUUUGUCUUCACGUUGAUGUGGAGUGUGGGGGCGUUCCUCGAGUGGGAUGAUCGCGUCAAGAUGGAGGAAUUCAUGCGAAAUCACGAGAGCAAACUGAACCUGCCCACGAUUCCAGAGGGAGCAGAGGUCACCAUGUUUGACUUCUUUGUUGAUAAUGAUGGCAACUGGCAGCACUGGAGCACUAAAGUCCAGGAUUACCACUACCCGUCGGACUCUACGCCCGAAUAUGGCGGCAUCUUGGUACCAAACGUCGACAAUGUCAGGACCGAGUUUCUGAUCGAUACGAUCUCUAAGCAAGGGAAGGCUGUGCUGUUGAUUGGUGAGCAGGGUACGGCCAAGACGGUCAUGUUGAAUGGCUACAUGGGCAAAUACAAUCCAGAGAUGCACAUCGGCAGCAGCUUCAACUUUUCAUCGGCGACGACUCCGCUGAUGUUCCAGCGUACCAUCGAGAGUUACGUUGACAAGCGUAUGGGCAGCACGUAUGGUCCACCUGCUGGGAAGAAGAUGACUGUCUUUAUUGAUGACAUCAACAUGCCCGUGAUCAACGAGUGGGGAGAUCAGGUCGCCAAUGAGAUUGUGCGACAGGUGAUGGAAAUGAAGGGCUUCUACAACUUGGAGAAACCUGGCGACUUCACCAGCCUCGUCGACAUGCAGUUCUUGGCUGCCAUGAUCCAGCCAGGUGGCGGUCGUAAUGACAUCCCAGAGCGUCUCAAACGUCAGUUCACCAUCUUCAACUGUACGCUACCAUCUAAUCCAUCCAUUGAUAAGAUCUUUACUGUCAUUGGUACUGGCCAUUUCUGCGAGGAGCGUGGUUUCACAGAGGGUGUUCGCGAAAUGGUAGCGAGGCUUGUCCCCAUCACACGUCGACUCUGGCAGCUGACAAAGGUGAAGAUGUUGCCGACGCCUGCCAAGUUCCACUACAUCUUCAACUUGCGUGAUUUGUCGCGUAUCUGGCAGGGAAUGAUCAACACGAUCUCCACGGUUGUCGCAGAUACCAAGAUCCUGCUAGGCCUCUGGAAACACGAGUGUUGUCGUGUCAUUGCUGAUAGGUUUGUGGCUAUUGAAGAUGUCCACUGGUUCACAAAAACAAUGUCUCGCGUAAUCAUGGAAGAGUUUGGAGAGACCGAGCAAACUUAUAUUGAACAUGACACUUUCUAUGUUGAUUUCUUGAGGGAUGCCCCAGAAGCCACUGGUGAGGAGCCUGAGGAUACUGACUUUGAUAUGCCAAAGAUUUAUGAACCUAUCGAGUCCUUCAAAUCGCUGGAAGAGCGUCUGUUAUUCUUCAUGGCUCAAUACAACGAGGCGAUCCGUGGCGCCAACAUGGACUUGGUGUUCUUCGAAGAUGCCAUGAUCCAUCUGGUGAAGAUAUCGCGUAUCAUCCGUACGCCCCGCGGCCACGCCCUGCUCGUUGGUGUGGGAGGCUCCGGUAAACAGUCACUAACGAAACUCGCAUCAUUCAUUGCUGGUUACAAGAACUUCCAGAUUACAUUGACAAGAUCGUACAACGUGUCCAAUCUCCUUGAGGACCUCAAGUUCCUGUACCGCACGGCCGGUCAGCAAGGGAAAGGUAUCUCAUUCAUCUUCACUGACCAAGAGAUCAAGGAGGAAGGCUUCCUCGAGUAUCUCAACAACGUCCUGGCGUCCGGUGUCGUUUCCAAUCUCUUCGCUCGUGAUGAGAUGGAUGAGAUCUGUAUGGAGUUGAUCCCCGUCAUGAAGAAGGAGUUCCCACGGCGACCACCAAGCAAUGAGAAUCUGUAUGAGUACUUCAUGUCGAGGACACGCCAGAAUCUUCAUGUCGUGCUGUGUUUCUCGCCUGUCGGGGAGAAAUUCCGCAACCGAGCUUUGAAAUUCCCUGGUUUGAUUUCUGGUUGUACCAUGGAUUGGUUCCAGCGUUGGCCCAAAGACGCUUUGAUCGCCGUGGCCGAUCAUUUCUUGGAUAAAUUUGAGAUUGUGUGCAGUCCUGAGACAAAGCGGCAGGUGAUCCAGGCCAUGGGGACGAUGCACGACGGCGUCGCCGAGAGUUGUAUUGAUUACUUCCAGAGGUAUCGGCGUUCCACUCAUGUGACGCCCAAAUCUUACCUGUCAUUCAUCACGAGUUAUAAGAACGUCUACGCUGAUAAGAGGGCAGAGAUCGGUGAGCUGGCUAACAGAAUGAACACAGGUCUCGACAAGUUGAUUGAGGCGUCUGAGUCUGUAGCGGAACUUAGCAUCGAAUUAGCCGUGAAAGAAAAAGAUCUUGCAGUAGCCAAUACAAAAGCUGAAGCUGUGUUGAAGGAGGUGACGACCAAGGCCCAGGCUGCUGAGAAAGUCAAGAGCCAAGUGCAAAAGGUCAAGGACAAAGCGCAGGGUAUUGUUGACGCAAUUGAGGCGGAUAAGAAGAUCGCUGAGGCCAAGUUGGAGGCUGCUCGACCUGCUCUGGAGGAGGCUGAGAAUGCGCUGAAUACGAUCAAACCUGCUGAUAUCUCGACCGUCAGGAAGCUUGGUAAACCGCCACAUCUGAUCAUGAGGAUCAUGGACUGCGUACUGCUGUUGUUCCAACAGAGACUUGAUCCCGUCGCAAAGGAUCCGGAGAGAGAAUGCAUGAAGCCAUCGUGGGGAGCUUCACUGAGGAUGAUGGCUGGAACUGGUUUCCUCCAGUUGCUCAUGAACUUCCCCAAGGAUACCAUCAAUGAUGAGACUGUUGAGCUGCUCGAGCCUUACCUCCAAAUGGAAGACUACAAUCUGGAGACGGCAAAGAAAGUGUGCGGUAAUGUUGCCGGUCUCUGCUCGUGGACGAAAGCUAUGGCGUCCUUCUUCGCAAUUAACAAGGAGGUUCUGCCACUCAAGGCCAACUUGGUUGUGCAAGAAGCUCGUCUGCAGGCUGCCAUGAAGGAUCUGGCGGCCGCCCAGGCUCAGCUCGAUGAGAAACAGGCUGAACUCGACAUCGUACAGGCACAGUAUGACGCAGCCAUGGCGGAGAAACAGCGCUUGAUGGAUGACGCCGAAACCUGCCGUCGUAAGAUGGGGGCAGCAUCAGCGCUCAUUAGUGGUUUGGCGGGAGAGAAGGAACGUUGGACCGAGCAAAGCAAGGAGUUCAAAGAGCAAAUCGGACGACUUGUUGGCGAUGUUUUGGCGUGCACUGCUUUCCUCUCCUACUCUGGGCCGUUCAAUCAGGACUUCCGUGGCUCCCUCGGCAAGAAUUGGCAGAAAGAGAUGAAGACGAGAAAGAUUCCGUUCUCCCAGAAUCUCAGCGUGAUAAACAUGCUCGUUGAUCCAACAACGGUGGCUGAGUGGAAUCUCCAAGGUCUCCCCAAUGAUGAGCUGUCAGUCCAGAACGGUCUGAUCGUCACCAAGUCGUCACGUUUCCCAUUACUCAUUGAUCCUCAAGGCCAGGGCAAGAUCUGGAUUAAGAAUAGAGAGGGUGACAAAGAACUUCAGAUAACUUCCCUGAACCACAAGUACUUCAGACAACAUCUUGAAGAUGCCUUGUCUCUGGGGCGCCCCCUGUUGAUAGAGGAUGUAGGUGAGGAGCUCGAUCCUGCCCUUGACAACGUCUUGGAGAAGAACUUCAUCAAAUCGGGCAGAACCUUAAAGGUGAAAGUUGGAGAUAAAGAAGUGGACGUGAUGACCGGCUUUACGCUCUUCAUCACUACCAAGCUGCCAAAUCCCUCGUACACGCCAGAAGUGUCGGCAAAGACGUCCAUUAUCGACUUCACCGUCACCAUGAAGGGUCUUGAGGAUCAGCUGCUUGGCCGGGUCAUCCUCACAGAGAAGGCAGAACUUGAGAGUGAGCGUGUGAAGCUGAUGGAAGAUGUGACUUCAAACAAGAGAAAGAUGAAGGAACUCGAGGAUAACCUGCUCUAUCGUCUCACCAGUGUUCAGGGUUCACUUGUUGAUGAUGAGGAUUUGAUCAACGUGCUCAACGUGACCAAACUGACUGCCCAGGACGUCAGCCAGAAACUGCAGAUCGCUGCCGAGACUGAGAUCAAGAUCAACGCGGCACGAGAGGAGUUCCGUCCCGUCGCCACCCGUGGCAGCAUCCUGUACUUCUUGAUCACUGACAUGAGCUUGGUCAAUGUCAUGUACCAGACGUCACUGAAACAGUUCUUGGGACUCUUUGAUCUGUCGAUGGCUAGGUCGACCAAGUCGCCCAUCACCCAGAAGAGGAUCACCAACAUCAUCGAGUACAUGACAUAUGAGGUUUACAAGUACGCCGUGCGAGGCCUCUACGAGGAGGACAAGAUGACCUUCACCCUGCUUCUGGCGUUGAAGAUCGACAUGCAGGGCAACAAGGUCAGGCACGAGGAGUUCUCUACUCUCAUCAAAGGUGGCGCUGCUUUGGAUCUGAACGUCGUGACGCCGAAACCGUGCAAGUGGAUAACAGACCUGACCUGGUUGAAUCUGGUUGAGCUGAGCAAUCUGCAUCAGUUCUCUGGCAUCCUCGACCAGGUGGCGAGGAACGAGAAACAAUGGCGGCAAUGGUUUGACAAGGAGGCUCCCGAGGAGGAGGUGAUUCCUGACGGCUACAACAACUCACUUGAUGUCUUCAGACGUCUGCUCCUUGUCAGGUCGUGGUGUCCUGACAGGACACUCUCACAGUCCAGGAAAUACAUCGCCGAUUCUCUUGGUGAGAAGUACGCGGAGGGUGUCAUCCUUGACCUUGAGAAGAUGUGGGAGGAGUCAGACUGUAGGACGCCACUGGUCGGCUUACUCUCAAUGGGUUCUGAUCCAACAACGAAUAUUGAAAACCUCGCCAAGAAACAUAAACUAGAGUGCAAGGCCAUCUCAAUGGGUCAAGGUCAGGACGUACACGCCCGUCGUCUGCUUGCUCACAUGUUUACCAGUGGAGGCUGGACACUGCUGCAGAACUGUCACUUGUCUUUGGCUUUCGUCAACGAGGUGAUGGACCUGGUCUUGGAGACGGAGACGAUACAUGAGGCUUUCAGGUUGUGGGUGACCACGGAGGUUCACCCUAAGUUCCCCAUCAGUUUCCUUCAGAUGUCAAUCAAGUUCUCCAAUGAGCCACCUCAGGGAAUCAAGGCCGGUCUGAAGCGGUCCUACGCUGGGUUCACACAAGAUUUCCUCGAGAUCUCCAACAUGCCCCAGUGGAAGCCGAUGUUGUUUGGCGUGGCCUUCCUCCACACGACGGUACAAGAACGGAGGAAGUUUGGCCCACUUGGUUGGAACAUCCCGUAUGAGUUCAACACGUCUGAUUUCAACGCCAGCGUCCAGUUUGUCCAGAAUCAUCUUGAUGAUAUGGAUAUUAAGAAGGGAGUCAACUGGAACUGUGUACGCUACAUGUUUGGUGAGAUCCAAUAUGGCGGUCGUGUAACAGACGACUACGACAAGCGUCUGCUGAAUACCUUCUGUAAAGUUUGGUUCGGAGAGAAUAUGUUCAAUCAGAAUUUCAACUUCUACAAGGGAUAUGUGAUACCUAAGUGUAACAAGCUGAAUGAGUACAUGGAGUACAUCAACAGUUUACCGAAUACUGACACACCCGAGGCAUUUGGUCUUCAUCCUAAUGCUGAUAUCACGUACCAGAGUAAGACUGCCAAAACCAUCCUGGACGAGAUCCUGAACAUCCAACCGAAAGACAGCAGUGGUUCCGGCGGUGAGACACGUGAAACUGUCGUUUAUCGUCUCUGCGAUGACAUGUUGGACAAACUCCCCAACGACUACAUCCCAUACGAGGUGAAAGCUCGCCUCCAGAAGUACGGACCUCUGCAGCCGAUGAACAUCUUCCUGAGGCAGGAGGUCGACCGUAUGCAGAAGGUCAUCACGGAGGUCAGGACAACCUUGACCGACCUCAAGCUGGCUAUUGACGGUACCAUCAUCAUGAAUGAGAAUCUGAGAGAUGCCUUGGAUUGCAUGUUCGAUGCUCGCAUUCCUCGUAUUUGGGCCAAGAUCUCCUGGCAGUCCAGCACACUUGGUUUCUGGUUCACGGAGCUGAUUGAACGUAACAACCAGUUCCACACGUGGGUGUUUGAUAACCGACCAAACACGUUCUGGAUGACUGGUUUCUUCAACCCGCAGGGAUUCCUCACGGCCAUGAGACAGGAGGUGACCAGAGCCCACAAAGGUUGGGCCUUGGAUGGAGUGGUCCUUCACAAUGAGGUGACGCGCUACCUGAAAGAUGACAUCACACAGCCACCAGCAGAGGGCGUCUACGUCUACGGCCUCUUCCUCGAGGGCGCUGGCUGGGAUCGCCGUGGUUGCAAACUCGUCGAGCCAAAACCGAAAGUUUUGUUCGAGCCGCUGCCAGUUAUUCUGAUCGAUGCAGUGAAUAACAUCAACGUUCACGAUGCCAGAACGUAUUGUUGUCCGAUUUAUAAGAAGCCUCAGAGGACGGAUCUGACGUAUAUCGCUCCUGUUGAACUCAAGACAACGCAGCCUGCGGACUUCUGGAUCCUGCGUGGUGUCGCCCUGCUCUGUGACAUCAAAUAGAUGGCUGAACUAUUUCCGAUGAUAAACUUUCGGAUCCUUGGAUCAAGUGUCGUGUUGCAACAUUCUGUGACAUCAUAUAAAGACUUUAUUAUUUAUGAUAAUAGAAGUAGGACUCAGUAGAAAUCCUUUGAUCCGGCAAGGUGUUGCACAACUAUUAGAUAUCCAAGUAACCUUCUUCAGAAGGAACGUUGUAGAAUUAUUGAAAUAAGCUCCCAGGCUUCUCCAUCUAAGUUUGCUCUUCUAUAUAGAGUAAAUCCUCUAAUGUGCUCUUGUUAGUAACCAAGAGUGAUUUGAAUUCCUUUGUCUCCAUGGCAACAAUGAAAUGAAGGAGAAGUGCUACAUUGUAAAAACUUUAAAAUGUUCCGUCCUCGUGUUUAUGUUUAGGUGAGGUAACAAAGAAUUAAUUGAGACUAUGAAGUCUUCAUGUAUUCUUGAUAUGACAAUAUUCUUGAUUCCUGUUUCCGUUGCAUCCACUCACAACAUAUAGCAUCUGUCCAGAAAGAAUGAUAUGAUAGAUUUUUCAAAUUUUUUAAACCCAACCCGCGUCCUUUGGGCCACAACAAACCGGUAUAUGAAAUAUGAAUACAAUAAUGCACUUGGAAACCCAUAUAUACAAUACAAAUAUGGGUGGUAUUCCGUCCAGGUUGAAAGUUUACCUUUACUUUUGUUAUAGUAAGCCUAGCUAUUAUGUAUUUUUCCCAUUGGACCAGCAUCGUCCCUGGUCUCAAGAACAUGUUUAAAGAUGAAUUGAAUUAGAUAUAACAUAUAAAUACCUUUACACAUGAUAGAAUAUUUCCGUCCAAUUAUUUAACUUGUUGAGAGACUAUUACAUACUAUUCUUAUUUGUAUGAACCUGUAUCUGUGAUGAUGUUGAACCCUUGGUUAUAAUAAUAAAUGUAUUUAUUUAAAUUAGA